AACAACCAGAUUUUUUUUUUUUUCUGGUAAAAUGUUAAAUUGAUUAUACCAAAUUUUCUGUUUUUGACAGAAAUUACAUGAAAAUACAAGUAGCGGAGAAAUUGAAAUGCAAUCUAAACACCAUUGUUAUACUCAACAAACUAAGCAAAGUAAAAGACUAGAAACAAGGCUAAUAGAGAUGGAAGCCAACAAAGCAAGCUCGAACCAAGGGAAAUGGUAAGGACCGCACGACAAACAGGUUGCCACGAGAAGAAGAGAGAUGGGCGCCCUCAAACCCUGAUGCUACAACUUCCUACAGCUUCCUGAACGCCUACAGAACACUCACCGCCCCAAGAAUCACAAGCACAAACAUACAAACCAGCACGAGAUCAACAUAUCCUGGCAGCACGAGGCAGAGAAACCAUCCGACGAUGCCGUCGUUCGGUCGAGACUUAGAGAUUGCCGCCUCCAACCUCUUAACCGGGACCGUUACACCCGUUGAACCGAGAGCUCAUAUAGAGCAAGCGGACCGGACAGGACCCCCACCUCCAGAGCAGCUUCACCGAGUGAGAGAGCAGCUUGAGCGCCCAACUGAAGACCUGUCUCCAACCAACCAAUACUCCAUUGCUUCGACCGAAGCUAAGAAACGUUGAGCAAUCGCACAAAGGAGGGGAGGAUAGCGACGAUGAACGCCACACCACCGGAAAAUCCAAGCUUUGAGGAGAGCAAACCCGCAAGACACCUCGAACACGAGGCUGAGUUAACACAUCUCCAUGCGCCGCCACCAGAGCUGGCUCCUAGCAGGAGAGGAAACUCACCACCAAGGAAGAGCUCCAUGCGCAACCACCUCAGACCAUGGAAGAUACAAAGCUUGGACAAAGAAUUGAGUUAUAAAACCCAGAUCCGAGACCUAGAGAGCCUCACCGACGGACCACGCGCCGCUAACCGAGAACACGUCGAGAUCUGCGGAGAAAAUCUCCCGACCAAAAGCACUGAAACAGAUCUGAGUCGAAACCACAGAGAGGGGUACAUGCCGUCCUCUAGCAACUCCAUCUCACUGGGACCAGCGCAGAUCUACUCAAGAUACUUCAGAUCUGAAUCGGGAAGAGACCUUGACGCUUCACCUCCGCCGCAACCAGAAAAAAGACCACAAAGAGAACAAGAAAAGCAGAGAGAAGGGAAACAAAGGGGUGGGUUCCGACGACCGCUAGAAGGACGGCAGUCGCCGGAGCCGAAACGGCUUACGGAAAAGAGGGAACUUUAGAGAGAAGGAAGAGGAAAAGUUUUUAGAGAGAUAGGACCUUAAGAAAAGUCUUCACAACCAGAGACUUAUAAAGUAGAUAGUAUCAGAGAGCCUAGCCAAAACGAUCAUUCAAGUUUUAGUAGCGGCUGUCUGAUUGAGCAAUGUACCAUCCCACCGAGCAAUUGUACACGUUAGUUAGUCGAUAACCAAGUCACUAUGAUACACUUUUAACUUUUCUUCUGGUUAAUAUUCGAUGCGACAUCGUUCGUUAAUCUGCCUUAUUUUGGAUAGUUGGGUUGACCCGACCCGUAAUUAUCCCCAGCAAUCUUAAACCCUAAAAAGUCAAGUCCAAUCUCAAUCAAUCUGACUUUUCACCUCACUCCGUGCCGAUGGCGUCCUCUAAAGUCUGCAGAUUAUCAUCGAAGAUACACUCUUUAACCCAGAGGCUUAGCAAGACGACGAAUGUUCACGCCUCGUCCAUACCCUCUCCCAUCAAAUCUUCAUUACCAUCGGCAGCAACUUCCCGUAUCAACCAAUCUUUCAGAUUACCAGUGGAGCUGAGUAGCUGUGUGUCGCUGUUUCCGCUACACAGUGCAGUAGCAUCUGCGAGAUUGGUAUCAAGCUUGUCUGCUGAAUCUGUGAGCUGGGGUUUAGUUCCUCAAGGUAUUUCAAUGCCUUUAUGACAGUCUUUCAUCUUACAACAAGUUUCACUAGGGCGAUAAAAGACAUGAGAACAAAACUCUGGGAUGUAUCGUUUCUUUUUUUUUUUAAUCUCUUAUUGAAUCCGAAAGAUCCUGAAUUUUGGACAGGUUUAUCCUCAAAACUCUGCUUCAAGUCUCGAGCUAUCUUUUUUGCCUAAUAUACAAUUCAUGGUUAUCAACAAUUGAGUGUGUAUCAGUGUCAUUUUAUUUGGCAAGAUUGUAGUUUUCAUGCAAAUGUCUGAUCUUAGUCCACCACCAUUGUGAAAAGCAGAU